AAGGGCUCCAUGCCUGCAGCGCGCUCCGCCCCAGGGGCGCUCGGGCACCGCGGCGCGGCGUGGGCUCCUCUGCCUGGGGCACCCCCUCUGCCGCCGAGCCCUCAGAAACAUAUAGCAUGCUCCUUUUUUAAUUUUUUUUUUUUAACUGGCUAGUGGUAGGCGAGGCAAUGCUGCUGCUUGCGAGGUGUGCGGCGAGAAAGAAAUGAGUUCCUGUUUAAACAUAGGAGGUUGAGAUUAGCAACCGAGUUUCGGUUCUGCAGCUGGCAGCGGGUGACCUGAGUGAAUUCGAAGGUCUCGUUCUGCAGGAGAGAAGCUGCUCUUUCCUGUGUGAGGGGAGUGUUUUCUGAAAAUAUAAACGUGUGAUGCUGUGGGUAGUCCAAAGAAGGUGUAGCUGGUGCUAAAAGUCUCUUCUCAUUGUUGAGUUCUACACGGUAAAUGAUGAUGUUGACAUAUAUAAUUGAGGUUGGACAUUAGGAGAAAUUUCUUCAUAGAAAGAAUGAUUAGACAUUGCAAUGGGCUGCCCAGGGAUGUGGUGGAGGUGUUUAAGGAAGGACUGGAUGUGGCACUUGGCACAUGUGGCACCGUGGUCUAAUUGAUAAGGUUGUGCUUGGUUGUAGGUUGGACUUAAUGGGUUCAGAGUGCUUUUCCAACCUGAUUCUGUGAAGGUGUUACUGCAUUGCCAGUAAUCCCGAGGGCUCUGCCAGGUGAAGGAGCCAGUCCCAGUUCUGCAGGCUCACAUGACUGCGUGCUGCUCAGAUCUGUUCAAAUUCACAUAGAAAUGGAAGGGAAGGUGAAAAAAACACGGGUGGAUUGUGACGAACAUGAGCUUAAUACAACUUAAAUAUCAUAGCACAACAAAAUACUAGUAGUUGUGGCCAUCUGCACAAAUCAUAUAACUGUAUGUAUAACUCUUCAUUUAAUUUUUCUUCAAGCAGAGGAGAGAUUCCUGUACAAAAUCAGAUAAUACAGUUUGGGCAUGUUUGAGGCACAGAGUUGAAAUCCCACAUUUUUGGCUCCUGCAAAUGGAGCAAUCAUCAUUUAAAAUAGUUAAGAUUUUUAAGACCUUUAUUGACUAUUUCUCAUAAAUUUGGCACUGUCUCACAAUAAAAAUACGAAAAAUAAUUUAGAGUUGAAGAUGUUUAUUGUUAUUCCUUUCAGUACUCAUGAAAGUCUUGUUAAAAAACAGUGGUUUAUCAUUUAGAAAGCUCAUUCCUAGAAGGGAGGGACAGAAUUCAAAUAAAAGAAGUGCUGUAGAAAGAAAACUGCAAAAGCAUUCCAGGAGAGCUUAGUAGGCAGAGUAUCACCAUGUGCUGCUUACCUUGAUCCAAGAUCCUUUUGAAUCUGAACCAAACCUGUGGAUUAAAUGCUCAAAGAUUAGGAAAUUAGAUGAUUCAAGUCAAAAUGCAUGUUCAGAGUUGACUUUUGCAAGUUUUCCUUAGCUUUUGACUCUCAAGAACUCUGCCAACAGACAUUGGAAAAACUUUGACUUUCUGUUAGACUUUGGCACGUUGUAGUCUGGCUCUUGCACACUAGUUACCUGUUCACAUUUACCAUAAAUAAUGGCUAAAAACAUAACUUGCAGCUAGAUUUUGGAAGUAACUUCUGGAAGGGUUUGUUUCCUUCUCUUUCCCCCACCCCUUUAAGACUUUUUGUCUUGUGGGAUUUGUUUGCAAUCUGCUAGCUGAAGCUCUGAGGCAAGUUUGCCAGAUCUGGGGCUGUAUCAUCACUCUGCACAUCUGGAAGUGGUUUAUGUGCUCACAUUCCUCCAGCACAGCGUCUGGACUCUGCGCUAUUCCUCAGCAGCAGAGAAAGGAAAGAAAACCAGCACAACUCCAAAGUAAACUUUGAAGAGUUCAAAAAAGGAAUUGAAUCAUAAAACUGUUACUGUGCCCUGUAAGGCCCUUGUGGGGGUGACUUCAAAGGAGGAUGGUGGUCGAGGACGCUUUGGCAAGAGUGCUUACAGCUGUGGGCUGUAUCUAGGAUCCAAGUAAAUAACUCUACAGCGCUUCAGGAGAGAGGAGUCCCGAAUACUGUGCUGCUUUGAAGAGAUAAGCUUGAUUUCCUCUGUGUAUAUUAAUGCCACAUGAAGAGAAUGGUCUCCUGGAAUGUAGAUAAGUAGUGCAGAUGUGGAAGAACUUCCAGAGUACUCCUUUCUCACUCCAAUUAACCAUUAGCUGAGACUUAAAUACAUUUGAAUAUAAGGGGCCUGGACUAGAAGCACAGUUUUAGGGAAGGCUACCUCCUUUUCUUCAGCAUCACAAAAAAUAUACAUAAAUACAAGCCCACUACACCCACUGGAAGAAUACAGCUUUUACCACAGAUCAUACUUCUCAUUCAACAGGACACAUGGCUCUUUUAAAGAAAGUUAACCAAAUCUUACUGGUACUUCUUGUCUUAACCGUGUGCGCUAUUCUGUAUAACAAAGUUCACCAAGUGCCCUUGGCAUUAAGAAAUGAAACAGUGGACUUAGAGAGCCCUGAGGAAAUGGAGGAAGAAAUCCCAGUGGUGAUCUGCGCUGCUGCGGGCAGGAUGGGUGCAGCUGUGGCCGCGAUCAGCAGCAUCUACAGCAACACAGAGGCCAAUGUUUUGUUCUACAUCAUUGGGCUGAAGACAACCAUCCCACACAUUCGAAAAUGGAUUGAAAAUUCUAAACUGAAAGAAAUAAAAUUUAAGGUUGUGGAAUUCAAUCCUAUGGUACUAAAAGGAAAAAUCAGACAAGAUGCAUCACGUCCUGAGCUACUUCAGCCUCUGAACUUUGUUCGAUUUUAUCUUCCUUUGCUUAUCCAGAAGCAUGAGAAAGUAAUAUAUUUGGAUGAUGAUGUCAUUGUUCAAGGUGACAUCCAGGAACUCUACAAUACUAAGUUAGCUCCUGGACAUGCAGCAGCUUUUUCAGAUGAUUGUGAUCUGCCUUCUACACAUGAAAUGGUUAGAAGUGUAGGGAUGCAGAACACAUACAUGGGAUUCCUGGACUACAGAAAGCAAGCCAUUAGAGAUCUUGGCAUCAGUCCCAGUACCUGCUCCUUCAAUCCUGGAGUAAUUGUUGGUAACAUGACUGAAUGGAAACAUCAGCGGAUUACAAAGCAGUUGGAAAAGUGGAUGCAAAGAAACGUAGAGGAAAACCUCUAUAGCAGUACCCUUGGGGGUGGUGUGGCAACCUCCCCAAUGCUGAUUGUAUUUCAUGGAAAAUACUCCUCUAUUAAUCCUAUGUGGCACAUAAGGCAUCUUGGUUGGAGUCCUGAUGCCCGUUACUCAGAGCAAUUUCUUCAAGAAGCUAAAUUACUUCACUGGAAUGGGAGAUACAAACCUUGGGACUACCCCAGUGUCCACACUGAUCUCUGGGAAAACUGGUUUAUUCCUGACCCCUCAGGGAAGUUCAAAUUAACUCGUCCUGAUAGCUGAUACUGAUAUACUGCAUAACGUAGUGUAUGGGAUGCAUUUAAUAGUUUGAGAUGCAACAUGUUGUAUGAGUGAUUGAUUCUAGAAAACAAAGUAUUUGUUAGAAAUAUGAAUAAUUGACCAUCAGUUUUGUGUGCUUAUGGCAGGUGAGGGAGGCCAGGUUGACCAAUACAUAGUUCAGAUUAUCUUGACUUUCACUAAACACUUACAGAGGUGAAAUUCAGUGUCAGACAGAGUGCUUUAAUUUAAGGUCUUUCUAAGGAAGAUUCCAAUGUCUUCUGGUAGGAAAAAAUCUACACAGGAGAUAGCUGCAGUGUUAUGUACAAGAAGUGUUUAGUUAUCUAGCUCACAUGAACAGCCUGAAUUGAAAACCAGGGCACAUAUUACUGUGUUCUGUUGUGUGGUGACUGUUUUGUGGCAUCUCUGACUGUAAACCAUCCUAUAGUGUACUUAGCAAGAUGCAAAAUACAUUCCAAUACGCUGCAGUACAAUUCCUGAUUUUAUUGUGAAACAUUCAUAGAUUUAAGACAGAUUAAGAACUUCUGUAUCACUGUAACAAAAAGAGCACCAGUUUUGAGGGAGGACACAGAAUUGCAGUAUUUAGUGGAAUGGUCAUUGCACACUCAACUGUAUUUUAUACCCAGAUAACCAAGCGGGCGAUUCCAUUAAGGAAGAGACCUUUCCCUUCCAAUCAAACAGGAUAGCCUUUCAGGAGUUACAUCCUACUGUGCUACACACUCAGCAGUGCUAAUUUCAUGCUUCUAAUUUUGUUGAAAAUAAAACUAAAUUGUAACAAAUCCCUGAUGCAAGAUACUUUGAGCACCUGCAGGAAAACAUCCAUGUAAACAGCAAUACAUGAUACAGUACACUUUAAAUAACAGACAAGACAAGUCCUAUACCUUUCUGACAAUAUGUGGAACAGCUUUAUGCUGCAGCUAAUAAACACAGUCAGAAUUAUAAUGCACACUCACUCAAUUGAAGAUUUUCAGAAUUAAGCCACAUAAUUUGGGAAGAAACUGUAAACAUCAUGCCUGCCUCACAACAUGUUGACAGUGUGUGAUCUCUGUAAGACGUGUUACAGCAGGAUUAGAACUAACCAGUUACACACAACUGACAACUGUCACUAGCUGUGAGGAGAGGAUAAAUCACACUGGUACAGGAAGAUGACCAGCAUGGAGUGUGGAGAUACUGUUUGUGUCUGUUUUCAAGUUUGUGAAGCACCAAAUGUUGUAAGAUCAUCAAAACUUUAGUGUUUUGAUCAGCUUAUUGCUUUUACUUCAUCUUUUCCUUACAAGAUAAAAGAGGGAAAGAAGAUGAGAAUUAGGCACCAGGAUGAAUUUUUUUUCUCAGUCACUAAUAUCGGACAAAAACGUGUAUCAUUUAGGCAAGUUCCUCAGAAGACAGUUAUAGUUUCUAUAGACAACUUCUUAUUCAUGGAACAGCUGUUCCCUGUAUUAAACUCAACUUUAACUUUUAAGUGGAAUAAAGGGAACAACCACUAAGGUACUACAGAUUGAAAAGAGCUUAAUGUUAAAAACUGCUAAACUGCAAAUCUAUUUCAUCCUGUGCUAAUUGUACAUGAUGAAUAACAUAGUUGUAUAUGACUUUUAAGAGAAUGCAGUCUUUCAAUUCUCUGUCUUAUUCAAAGGUGUUAUCUCCUGCUAAAGGUGAAGGGACUAACUUCAUGGAAAUGAUGGAGUUUAAAUACCACAAAAUUCAAGAACUAUCACUGCUCUUUGUUUUUGCCUUUUUUUAAAAGCAAUUCCAGUUCCUUACAUUGUAAUUUAAGGGGAAAAGAGAUGGAGUGGUAGAGAAACCUUAUCCUAAGAGAGCUCAGGUAGGAUAUUUAGGCCCUGUCCUGUGUGACACAAGUUUUCCUCCCCAGUGUUGUGACUUGAGAUGAUGUCUUCACUCCCUUCAUCCUCAAUUAUGGUACACUCACUGAAGAGACAGAGCUGUCUUGUCCCACCCAGAAGAUAGCACCCAUAGCUGCAGAACACAACUUUCUACACUUUUUAAGAUGGUAAAAGGCAGGAUUAAAAAGCACCAUUUCCUUAACUGUGCAUAAUUAAAAACACCGUUUCACAUAAGGUAAGGGUACAUUUUCCAUUUCCCCCCCUGGAUAUAAAAGUAUUAAGAGAUAUCCAUAUAUUGAGGGAUCAGUAAAAAGUAUACUGCUGCUGUUCCUACCAUGUUACCAUUUAUGGAAUAAAAUUAACAUCCCAAAGAAAUCUUCACAAAUGAGAAAGCAAUUUGUUAAAACUGCAAGACGUGGUAUACAUUAAAUAUAAAACCCAUAUACAAAAAAGGGCUAACUUUUUUUUUAAAAGUUUGGACAGUUCCUUAAAAUUUUCUAGUUCAUUGAUUUCAGCCUACCACACACUAACUUUGGACUAUAAUAAAAUAACUAGGGGAGAUAAAAUACUAUUCAGAUGCUUCAGUUGGAGAACUGAGGUACCAAUCUUGAUCACUGCAUUAAAACUGCAGCAUGUGUGCAUAGCUGAGAAGGAACAGCUCCUACAUGCUGCUUCCCUCCUCUUCCCGUGUCAUGCCAGCAUUGAACUCUGGAAUCUGGUCUGCAAAGGACUGUGUCAUCCACUGUCCAUUAGGAACCUCGCUGAAGGACGACCCUUCGCAGUACUGUGGAUUGCUUUCUGCUGAACAAACAAAAAUCAGACAAUUUUUAAAGGCAGUUGACACCAGGGGCUCUUUGUUCCCCAGCACUGGCUGCAGACUGAAUGCCCCAAGCACCUACCAGUUCCAUUUGAAGACAAGCUGCACUGGUCCGUGCCAUACGGUGCACGGUCACAGUAAGCUCCUCCAUACGCUGCUUCGUAGCCUGGGUCAUACUUUUCUUCUUUGACAGCCAUCUUUUUAGCAUCCUCUGCACAAACAGAACAGCUCAAGCAUUAAUAUUUAGAAUAAAAAUUAUCAAAGAGCACUUCUAUCAGAAAACAUUUGAAAAACUGCCACAAAUUCCACAAGAUUCUACCUGCUCCCCUUAAAAAAUGUAGCCUGUACUAAAGAGAAUGGAAUCUGUAAUUCUAUACCACACACUUUAGCGAAUCACAUCUCCCCAUUAAAAAAUUCUUUCUUUCUGCUUGGGAAACUGCUAGUAUUGUAAACUACAUUACAUUUUAAUGAAGUGUGAACAAAAUAACAACAAUACCUUGUGCAAGCUGCAAGUCAAAUGUGUACUGCACCUCCUGGACCUCCGUGUUGGGUGCAAUGCCUUUCAGUUGAUCCCUUAAGUCUUUCAGCUUAAUGUAAUAAUGAACUUUAUCUUGUGCCCGAGGAAACUGAGCACAUCUUGCACUGGAUGAUGGCAUAACAUAGCAGAGCUUGAGACAAAGAGCAAGAAAAACAGCAUUACUGAUCCCCAAGCUAUGAGUUAAUACUUAGUGCAUUCAGAACAACUUAACUUUUUAAACUAUUUGUACAAACUUCAACUAAUGCUAGAGGUGGUUAUGGAAGGGGCUAAAAUGACUUUCCACUUUUCUUGGUCAGCCAUCUGUCUUGCCCUGAAGACAGGGCUGAUUACCAGCUGCUAAGCGAGCACAAUUUUCACCAGUUAUUUAUGUGCUGCAGGAGAAGCAGUACCCAUGUGUGCUACAAGAGAACAGAGCACACUCCAGAACUCCCUGAACAAGCAGAGCUCUGAGCCAUAGAGGUGUAUGGGAUAGCAUGCAAAGGUCCCAAACCAGUGAGGGAGGCAGCACAGCUUAACUAGCCUGGCUUAUUGGCCAAGUGCAUCUGCAUGAUGUAUGCCAGGCUGUGAAAUUGUUAGUGUUGUUGGAGCCAGCUUCAGUGUUUCUUUCUACCUCUGCCAAGAGCCCUAACUAAAGACAUCAAGUUAGUACAAGAAAAACAAAUUGUAUUCAAUACUUCUAUUACCAUGCAGUCUUUAUGAACAAGUACCAGUAAAGGGGAUUACUUUUCUUACAAAUACAUCUACUGCAGAAGUCCUUAAGAGCUACCUAAGGAGCAAAUACUUUAUCCAAUGAUUCUUCAGGCUCUAAUGGCAGCACUUCCACCUUUAGAGAAAGGCAGCUGAAACUUGCAGCACUAGUAAUUGAGGAUAGAAAUAAGAAGAAAAACAAUCCAAACUUUUGAACUGACAAGAUAAUGAAGCUUUAGAAUAAGCUACCUUGGCAAGCAGUGUAAUUGCCUUUGCUUUAGCUUGUUUAUAAGAACACAUUAAACAAUCAAAUUAUUAAUGAUACAUAGCUGGUCUCUUGAGAUAUUUUCCAGCACUGAAGUUCUAUGACUAAUGCACUCUUCAUCAAAUUGCUUGUUUUAUCUUAAGCAUCCAAUUUAACUUCAAACUGCAGAUCAGCUUAAGAAGAUCCAGACUGAUGGAAGCACUUGGGCAUGCCCAGAUCUAGCAAUGCUGAAGGGUUGCAUGCAGUAACACAAGGAUGGACUUGUUGUUCUUUCUCCCCCACUGUGGCAUUGCAUGGUCAUGCUCAAUAUCAAAAUCCAGUAAUGCAAAUACCCAGGGAAUUGGACACAGGGGAUCAGAUGAAAAUUAUCAUAAAAGCAAGCACGUGUUACUUGUAUUUUAUGCAGUCCUCAGAGAAUGCACCAACCUACUAACCAUAACAUACCAUUUCUCAAAAGAAGUCUGCAAAUCUGAAGAAGCUGCAUUAAAGAUGUGUCCAAAAACUGCACUACUCCCCUUUCUCUACCUAAGUAAAAACCUUUCACACCUCUUGUACUCAAGUCAAACUGGUGUUAUCCUAAGUGGGUGCAAAGCCUGAGAUUUAAUUCGUUUUUAUAUAACCAAAAUGAAGUGCCUCAGUUUUGUUUCUCAGUCUCAAUACUUACAGUUUCUGUAUCUGGCACUUUGUGCGGCUGCAGCCCAAAUUCCAAGUUCUUAACUUUAAUUCCAAAAACUUCUUUACUAAAAAUUUCAUAAAUACCUAAAAUGAAAAUAUAGGGUAAGUGGAAAAAAAAAGAAGCUACUGGCAGAAAAAAAUCAUUUAAAAGUAAAAGUUCUCACAUUUUCCAUUAAAAGCUGCUAUACGAGGUUUAUACUUCUGUAGCUUCUGCAUCAGAAUUCGCCCUCCUUCCCGAAACUCUUUGCUAAAAGACAAAAUACUCAAAAUUAUAAUCACAACUAUUAAUUCAUUAACAAGCCUGAUAUUUCCUUUUAUUGUCUUACCUGGAGAGGUCUUUGCUUCCAGGUGUUGUCCUUUCAACCAUGUUUGUAAAUCCAAUCCCAUAUUUAUGUGGCAAGGUAUGGUCAUCCAUGUGGUUCAGCUGCUCAUUACUUAGACCAGACAUGAACAGACACUUCC